UAGCAGCUCGCAGCCGGCCCGGAUUGGAGCAGCCUCAUCACGCUGACCUCUGCCUGGGAUGUAAACCCCACGGGCCGCCACGGGCACAGGAGAGCUCUCGGCACCUCCGGGAAAGCCGUCUCGGCCUCCCCUUCUCACCCCCUCCCCCGCUCCAGCCGCGGCCGGCCGGCCCAGCCUCAACCUCGGCGGCGGCGGCGACGACCAGCGGCGGCGGCGGCGGCGGCGAAGACGCUGAGCGAGCCGGGUCGGUCGCGGGCGGGGAGCGUGCGUCGCUUCGCACAGGCUGCGAGAGGAGGGGCGGCGCGAGUCAUGGCCGGGGACAGCGAGCAGACCCUGCAGAACCACCAGCAGCCCAACGGCGGCGAGCCCUUCCUGAUCGGCGUGAGCGGGGGCACGGCCAGCGGCAAGUCUUCUGUUUGUGCCAAGAUCGUGCAGCUCCUGGGGCAGAAUGAGGUGGAUUACCGCCAGAAGCAGGUGGUCAUCCUGAGCCAGGAUAGCUUCUACCGGGUCCUCACUUCAGAGCAGAAGGCCAAAGCCCUAAAGGGCCAGUUCAACUUUGACCACCCGGAUGCCUUUGACAACGAACUUAUCUUCAAAACACUCAAAGAAAUCACCGAAGGAAAAACAGUCCAGAUACCCGUGUAUGACUUCGUCUCCCACUCACGGAAAGAGGAGACGGUCACUGUCUACCCUGCGGAUGUGGUGCUCUUUGAAGGGAUCCUGGCCUUCUACUCUCAGGAGGUCCGAGACCUGUUCCAGAUGAAGCUUUUCGUGGACACAGAUGCGGACACUCGUCUCUCUCGCAGAGUGUUGAGGGACAUCAGCGAAAGAGGGAGGGACCUUGAACAGAUUUUAUCUCAGUACAUUACGUUCGUGAAGCCUGCCUUUGAGGAAUUCUGCUUGCCAACAAAGAAGUAUGCCGACGUGAUCAUCCCCAGAGGUGCAGACAAUCUUGUGGCCAUCAACCUCAUCGUGCAGCAUAUCCAGGACAUCCUCAACGGAGGGCUCUCCAAGCGGCAGACCAACGGCUAUCUCAACGGCUACACCCCUUCUCGCAAGAGACAGGCAUCAGAAUCCAGCAGCCGGCCACAUUGACCCCUGUGCCCUGACUCCAAUUCCCAGCCCCCAGCUCCAAGCCGCAGGAGGGUCGAGAGGCUUUGGUCAUCUGUACAUACGCCUCCUUUGAAAUUACUGUAUUUAAGAAAACACCACGAAGAUGAAUUGCCUUGAUUUUCUUGUUUUCCUUUUUUGUACUUUGGAACAGCAAAUCAAACAGAACUUGACCCUGAGCUUAAGUGACAAACUGUGCCAACUACUACUGGUGAUGCCUAAUUAUGACUCCAACGUGUAACCAGUUAUAAAUACACACAUACAUACAUAUAUAUAAAAGGAUCUAUUUUUGUGUAAAUGUACAAAUACUGUAAAGCUGUUUGCCAUAAGUAUUCUACAGGAACCUGUGCGUGGGUGUUGGGCCUGGAGCCCCACUCAGCAGGGCUCUAUGUUCUGGCAUCUGGGGAGCCACGGGGGGUGGGUGGUCGAUUGGUUGAUGUCCCUUGCUCUCAGCACCCUGGGCCUCAGUAGGGAUGGGACUCAACUCUCAAGGCCCCCCUGAGAGAUGUCCCCUCCUUGAAACUGGAGCUAAGAGAGAUACUUUUUUUUUUUUUUUUUUGAUGGGGGUAGUUGAAAUUAAACUUGAUCUCGACUCAAAAACUCAAUCUCAGGGAAGAGGCCCACUGAGGAAGACCAAUCUGGCUGCCUUUCUCCUUGCCUCACUCUGGCCCUGUCAGCCUGGGUGGCCCCACACCUCCAUCCUUCCUCUGCUGUCUGUCUCCUAGGAAGCCAGAGCUGUCUUUUCUGCUCUGGGGAGUCGGGGGGGAGGGGAUUUUAUA